UGCGUUCAACCAGUGUUGAGUUUAGAGGGUCUCUCUCUACCGGGGUGAUAAGUCUGACCACAGGAGCAACCGACGGGAAGUAGCUGCCGUUUGAAGAGAAAAGAAAUACACUUUUCAUCGUUUCACCGCUGGAUACGUAACUCACCCUGGGGUUGGAUUAACUUCAAAACCACUCUUUUUUAGUUUUUCUUUUUAAUUUGCUUUACAAGACACAUUAACUCACCGAAGACAAUGGGAUCCCAGUCAUCCAAGGGAGAUGUGGCCGCGGAGGGAAACGCUGCUGCCGCCGAUGCUGCGGCUGUCAAAACCAACGGACAGGAGAAUGGACAUGUGAAAACCAAUGGUGAUGUCUCUACAAAGCCCGAUGGGGACGCUGCCGCCACCAACGGCUCGGCUGAGGCAGCCAAGGAGCCUGAAGCCGGUGCAGGAGGCGACGCUAUUGAGCCGGCGCCUGCUGCAGAUGGAGAAGCAGCCAAACCUGAGGGCGAGGCUGCUGCCAAGGAGACCCCCAAGAAGAAGAAGAAGAAGUUCUCCCUGAAGAAGUCCUUCAACUUCAAACUGAAUCUGAAGAAGAGCAAGAAGAGCGAGGCUGUCAAAGAGGAAGCGGCGGCCGCCGCUGCCCCUGCUGAGGAGAAGCCCGCCGAGAACGGAGCUGCUGCUCCUGCAGAGGAAGAGAAGAAGGAGGAGGUGAAGGAGGAGGCCGUCGCUGCGGCUGAAGCCCCAAAGGCAGAGGAGGUGCCGGCUAAAGAGGAGGCCCCCAAGGAGGAGGCCAAGGAGGCAGCUGCUCCGGCCCCCGAGGCCACGAAACCAACAGAGGAGAGCAGCUCGACCCCCGCUCCCUCUGAAAAGAAAGAGUGAUUGUACCUUUAGCUCACAAUGAACUGGGUGAACUGUUUUUCAAGAAAGAGAGAGAAAAUUUAAGAGUAUAUAUAUAUAUUUAUAUAUAUAUGUGUAUAUGUAUACAUAUGUAUAUGGAUAUAUGUAUAUGUAAAUAUAUACACAUGUAUGUGAGAGACUCCUUUGACGUGCCACUUUUCGUCAUGAUAACAAGACGACAGACUAGAUUCACUAGAUCACUUCCCUGGUUACUGCUUGACGUGUGGACCUGGACUGAGUUUUAGGCUGUGGGUUGGUCGCUAUGUGGAAAAUGGAUUUUAAUGGCUAGAACGCGAGCUAAUGACACCAUGAAGUAUAGACGGAUGAAGGAUGGAUGGAGUCAAAGCAUCGCUUCCCUAAAAAUGUGCAGAUCAAGAUGCCUCCUUGCCGAAGGAAUGAAGCUAGAUAAGAUACUAGGACACCACCACCACUUGAAAUGACUGUUGAAUAUAGAAAAAAAAAAGAAAUCAGAAAAUUAAGAGACUCGCCAACUUUUUACAUUACUAUAUUUUAACCCAAAUUUGAAGUAUUUUGUGGUGUAUAAUAGAGAACCAUCUUAAAGAUUCAGAGAAGCUAUUACUUGUUUGUUUAAAGAAAAAAAAAAAUAGACAACUUUGAUUUUUACCUUACUAUGAAAAAAGAACACUUAAGCUUGCUAUGUUCACUGUUGCGGUUUGAUAUGAAGCAGAGUUGUUUAUCUGUCGUGUGUGAGCCUGAAUCAGCUUUGUCUCUGUAAAUACAUUGGAUUGAUUUCUGUUCUUUAUUUUGCUAAUGUUGACAGAUGUUACUGGUUUUACUGUAAAGUUGAUAAUGGUAAAUAAAUGUUGGUUACCUGCCCA